UGCGCCCUGCGGUGGGGGCAGGCUGGGGGCCAGCGGCUACUCCUCUUCCCCAGACCAUCCUGGACCACAUGCACCUCAAGUGCAAGUGCCACGGGCUGUCGGGCAGCUGCGAGGUGAAGACCUGCUGGUGGGCCCAGCCCGACUUCCGGGCCAUCGGCGACUUCCUCAAGGACAAAUACGACAGCGCCUCGGAAAUGGUGGUGGAGAAGCACCGCGAGUCCCGCGGCUGGGUGGAGACCCUCCGGGCCAAGUACGCGCUCUUCAAGCCGCCCACUGAGAGGGACCUGGUCUACUACGAGAACUCCCCCAACUUUUGCGAGCCCAACCCGGAGACGGGCUCCUUUGGCACCAGGGACCGGACUUGCAAUGUCACCUCCCAUGGCAUUGAUGGCUGCGACCUGCUGUGCUGUGGCCGUGGCCACAACACGAGGACGGAGAAGCGGAAGGAGAAAUGCCACUGCAUCUUCCAUUGGUGCUGCUACGUCAGCUGCCAGGAGUGCGUCCGCGUCUACGACGUGCACACCUGCAAGUAGCGAGCCAGGGUGCUGGGAAUGGGUGAAGUGUAUGACUUGGCGGAUUCACCGAAGUCCCUUGGGAAGCAGGACCUACAGCCAGGGCUCAGCCCUCAGCAUC